UCUUUCACUCCAUUCCAAUCAGAUAUCUACGAAAUUAUGCUCCUGCAACUUUCCAUUUUAAUCUCAUAAUACUGGGAUCUCCAAUCACGUGUCCGAUGUCCAUCCAUGCCAUCCCAUUUUAGCUUAGUCCAUUGCAAGAGAAGCUCAAAUUCUAUUUCAUCUGAUAUAUAUCAGUUUUCUUUAUACAAAACAAAGUCUUUGUUUUGUCUCAGUUACCCGAGGCAAAGGGAGGAAGCUCCUCCAGCACCCUUCUCAUCGAACAACACUUUGAUCCUCAAAAACGCAAUCGAUCUGUUGGGCUUCUUUAUAAACUUAUAAUCGAAAAAAGAAGAAGAAGAAGAAGAAACUGUUGUAAGAACUUUUUUCCUUAGAGAGGAAAAGAAAAACUUGUUCAAAUUUUCAAGUAAUUUGUGAAUAAGAGGAGGAAAUGGAGUUCACAGGGACUUUGGAUAAAUGCAAGGCUUGUGAUAAGACUGUUUAUUUUGUUGAUCUGUUGUCCGCUGAUGGAGUUACUUAUCACAAAUCCUGCUUCAAAUGCAGCCACUGCAAAGGAACUCUUGUCAUGAGCAACUACUCCUCCAUGGAUGGAGUCCUCUACUGCAAACCUCAUUUCGAGCAACUCUUCAAGGAGUCCGGCAAUUUCAGCAAGAAUUUCCAGACUUCAGCCAAGCCUGAUAAGGAUUCACAGGCAAGGGGCCCGAGCAAAGUCUCUUCAAUGUUCUCCGGAACACAAGACAAGUGUGCAGCUUGUAACAAAACUGUGUACCCACUUGAGAAGGUGACAAUGGAAGGGGAGUCUUACCAUAAGUCCUGCUUCAAGUGUGCUCAUGGUGGCUGCCCUCUUACACACUCUUCCUAUGCAGCCCUCGACGGGGUUCUCUACUGCAAGCACCAUUUCCAGCGGCUCUUCAUGGAGAAAGGAACCUACAGCCAUAUCCUGGAGGCGUCCAACCAAAAGAAGAGUGCUUCCGCGCUGGCUGCGGCAGAAGCAGAGGAGGCAGCAGAGGACGAGGCAAAGCCCGAGGCCGAGCCAGCUGAUCAGACACAAGAGGACUAGUCCUAGUCCCAGUCCUAGCUAAUUAACUGCUAUAUUUCUGUUCCAUUUCCUGUUUCAAGGGAUUAUCUUUUUCCCAAUACUUAAAAAAAGAUUCCUGACCAAAUUUCAUGUCAGUCUGACUCUUCAAUUUUUUUUUUGUUUCAUGUUUGUUUCAAGUCCUCAAGAGAUCAUGUAUGUGAUCUAUAGAUAUGUAGCUGAUACAUUCAAUAAUCUUUUUGGUACUGUUGGCCAC